UGGCGCCGCGCAGCAGGUCGGGUCCGCGAAGAAGGCGGCGUGGGGUGCGAGGAAGAGGCCGUCGAUGCUGCUCAUACCCGUCGCUCCUCAGGCCGUCGAGGUGGCGGCUGGCUGGGGCGCGGUUGUGGCCGAGAAGGAGGCCGAGGUGGAGGUGGAGGGACAAGGGUUUUCGUUGGCCAGCAGGAGAGGGGCGAGGCAUGCAAUGGAGGACGCAUACGGCGUCAUCACGCACAAAGAUUCCCAGCUGGCAUUCUACGGUGUGUACGACGGACACGGCGGCCGCGCAGCGGUGGACUUCGUCUCCGACCACCUCGGCAAGAACGUGGUCGCUGCUGUGCUGGCCACGACCACGACGGAGGCGGAGCCGCCGUCGACGGAUGCUGUCAUGGCGGCCAUCAGAGCCGCCUACUUGGCCACCGACAGCGAGCUCGUGAAGCAGGGCCUGAGAGGUGGUUCAUGUGCCGCGACGGCGCUGGUGAAGGACGGCGACGUCUACGUGGCGAACCUCGGCGACUGCCGUGCCGUCAUGUGCUGCGACGGCGUGGCGACUGCCGUGACCUCCGACCACACCGCCGCGAGGGACGACGAGAGGUCCCGCAUCGAGAACUCGGGUGGCUACGUGAGCUGCGGCAGCAACGGCGUGUGGAGGGUGCAGGACUGCCUGGCGGUGUCGCGCGCGUUCGGCGACGCCGACCUCAAGCGGUGGGUGAUCUCCGAGCCGGAGAUCCGGAGGGUUCACCUCACCGCCGGCAGCGAGUUCCUCGUCCUCGCCUCCGACGGCCUCUGGAACAAGGUGUCCAACCAGGAGGCGGUGGACGCCGUCUCGAGGAGCAGCGCCACGGGCUGCUGCAAGGAGCUCGUGGACAUGGCACGGUGUAGAGGGAGCAGGGAUGACAUCACUGUCAUGGUGGUCGACCUCAAGAGGUUCACGAUAUAAUGAACCAGACGGAGACGACACAUGCAUACUCGCGACAUUUUUGGGAACAUGGUGGGCAGAAUAAUCCAGACGGAGACGACACAUGCAACCGGCGGAUAAUUAGCAUAUUUAGGAACUGAAUCCUGGCGAGCGUGGACAAUAAUCCAGCUGACCGGGCUUGGAUCU